AUGGAAGAAGUGCUGGUGUUAGGUCUUCCAUCAAUCAUGCCAGCAUUGGAAUCACUAUACUCUCACAAAUACAAAUUCCUCAAACUAUUUAACUCAAAACUCUCUCUUCUUCCCUUCCUCCAAACCCAAAACGUUACCCCUUCCUCCAUUCGCGCCAUUCUCAGCAACCCACUCCAAGCCCUCACCGCCGAUCUCCUCCGCCUCCUCCCCGCCGUCGCCCUCAUCAUCACCACCAGCGUCGGAACCGACCACAUUGACCUCCUCGAAUGCCGCCGCCGUUCCAUUCAGGUUCUCUCCGUCAGAGAAGGUUCCUCUGCCGACGACGUCGCUGAAUUCGCCGUCGGCUUGUUGAUCGACGCGCUCUGCAAAAUUUCCGCCGCCGAUCGACACAUCAGGAAAUGCGUUUCAUAUAAUUUUCCUCUUCCCUCUAACUCCAAGCUAGGAGGCAAAAGAGUUGGGAUUGUUGGAUUGGGAAGAAUUGGUGGGGAAGUUGCUAAAAGACUUGAGGCCUUUGAUUGCAGAGUUAUGUACCAUUCAAGAAAAGAGAAGCCAUUUGUUUCAUACCCAUUUUGUUCUAAUGUUGUGGAGCUUGCUGGUAAUAGUGAUAUCCUUGUGGUUUGUUGUUCAUUAAAUGAGCAAACAAGGCACAUAAUUAACAGAGAAGUGAUGUUGGCAUUGGGGAAAGAUGGAGUUAUUGUGAAUGUUGGAAGAGGUGCUCUAAUUGAUGAAAAGGAAUUGGUGGGGUGUUUGAUGGAAAGAGAGAUAAGAGGUGCGGGUUUGGAUGUGUUUGAGAAUGAGCCCAAUGUUCCCAAGGACCUCUUUGCAUUGGAUAAUGUUGUUCUAACACCUCAUGCUGCUUCACUUACUAAUGAAUCUUCCAAGAAAAAAUAUGAACUGGUAGCAGAGAGUCUAGACACCUUCUUUGCUAGCAAACCACCGGUUACUCCAGAAUGA